AUGGCGAAGAAAGAAGUCAACCAAACAAUCGAUUAUGAUAAUGGGGAUGUUUACACAGGAGAAAUAAAUGAACAUGAACAACCAAAUGGCACAGGUACCUACAUACAUCAUGACAUAGAAGGACAAAUUCAGCAAGGUCGUUAUAUUGGUGAAUGGAAAGAUGAUAAAAAACAUGGUAAAGGAACACAUUACUACAGAAACGGUGACGUCUACAAAGGUUCAUGGAAAGACGGCGAGAGAGAUGGCGAUGGUACAUACACUUAUUAUAAGCAGCCAUCGGCUGAAUAUAAAGGGCAGUGGAAGAAUGAUAAAAAACAUGGCAAAGGUGUCAUGAAGUUUACCAAUGGUGAUGAAUAUGAUGGAGAUUGGAAAAAUAAUAAAAUGGAAUCUGCUCACGCAACUUACGCGUAUGCUGAUCGUUCAAAAUAUGUUGGUCCCUUUCACGAAGAUAAUAAACAUGGGAAAGGCACUUUGACAUACAGUAAUGGUGACAAGUACGAAGGCAUGUUCGAAGAUGGCAAAAGGCAUGGAAAAGGUACAUAUACAUUCAAAAAUGGUGGAAUUAGAGAAGGAAAUUAUAAAGAUGACCGGCGAGUUCAUGAAACUGUGAGCACUAAGCAAACAGCGAAAACAACUUCAAGACAAUAUGAUGAACCAAAGGAUAAACAAUCAACUUCUGAGCAAGAGUUGGCAGAUUGA